CGUCUUCAGGCUUUGACUGAGCGACUCAAGCAGACUGGUGGCAGUAUCGCUAUAAUAGGUGGUGGCUUCCUUGGGUGUGAGCUUGCCUGUAGUCUUUCAAACUUUGCUGGACUCUCAGAUUCCGCUCCAUCCAAAAACCAGCUAUCAGUGGUCCAUAUUUUUCGUGAGUCAGCCCCAAUGGGUCACGUGCUACCACCUUGCCUAUCCAUGGCUACUGCACGCCAUGAGGCAGCCCAAGGUAUCCGCGUAAUCAAUUCGGCUGACGUCGUCACAGCAUGUCAGUUUGCUUGUCAGCCACUUGAUAAUUUGGUUCAUCCUGAGGUAAGCAAUCCUUCGAAUGACACUGAUGCUUCACUAUGGACAGGAAGAGAUCGGCUCUCUGACCGCCUGAAAAAGGCCAUCAAAGAACUGCUCGCCACUUCCACAAAUAAAGCGUUGAUAGCGCCUAAGUCUGACGAAAUCAGCUCCACUUCCACCGAAUCGCAAAAUCAAACUCCUGAUGUGAGAAAGAUUCGACUUCGAAUACGUAGAACUCCUCUUGGUGGCACGGAAUCAAUCGAAGCAAUGGAAGUGGAUCAUGUAGUCUGUGCAAUUGGCGUCGAACCCCGGGUUGAUCUUGCUGAAAGCGCUGGUCUUGAACUAGACCCAUCACAUGGCGGCUUUUUAGUUAAUGCUGAUAUGGAGGCUCGUGCUGGUGUAUACGCAGCCGGUGAUGCGGCCUCAUUCUGGGACCCAACAUUGGGCAUGCGUCGCCGCGUGGAACACUACAACUUCGCAGAGGAAUCUGGCGCCUUGGCCGGCCGUAACAUGGCAGUUGCCAUGCUUGGCCGGACUAACGAUUCGAAUCCUUCUACUUUGGUCCCUCCCGCCACCAAUGUUGAUAUGGCAAAAUACCGCCACCAGUCAUCUGUGUGGUCAAGCUUGGGCCCCGGCAUACAAUGGGACGCCGUCGGGCAUCUCGAUUCUCGCCGCCUUAUUACUCGGGCCUUCUUAUCUGCACCUCUAUCCACUGAAGAAGAUGCCACUAGUCAGGCAUGCCCAGAACCAGCUUUACCUGAUUCCACGGACUCUAGCCAUAGUGGUAAUAUCAGCUCCAUGCUGUCAAGUAUAUUAGAUAGUUCCCAUUCUAAAAAGCCAGAUCGUGGAGUCAUAUUCUACCUGACACCCGGGCAGCGCCGUCUAGUCGGCAUACUUCUCUGGAACUUGGCCGAAGAUAUCUAUCAGGAGGAUGAAUACUCAGCACCUAGUCGGCUCAACUUGGCUCGUAGUAUGCUGGCUGAACGUCGGAUUAUUGCAGGAAAGCCUGGUGCCUUGAGAGCCGAAGCUGAAAUAGCUGAGUUGCGUCAGUUGGCCAAACACUUUGACUUGUUCGGGGAGGUGGAAAGUGAUUAUGAGGAAAUCAAAAAGCUCUCUGAAAUGCACGAACACUAUAUGGCUGAGAAAAGGACUGAAUCUGCAAAGGAAGUAUUUACUGAGGAUCAUGGUUCUGAAAACAAAACAACAGUUGCUGAAAAUCCAGAAAUGAAGGAUACCGAUAUAAAAACGUAG